GCGGCGGGGCGGCGCGGGAACCGGGCCCCGGGGGGAGUCCGCUGGGCUGCUGCUGCUGCUGCUCCAGGUGCUGCCGCCCGGGGCUGCGGCAGGGCCCGGACGCCGGGGCACUCGGGGCGCCGGCGGUGGCGGCGUCUGCUGGCCCGGUGUUGCCCCUGCCUUUCCCCGGGACGCUCGGCUGCUGCUGCUCCUGCCGCCACUGCCACCACUGUCGCCACCGCCGCCGAGCUCUGCGCCCGCAGCCUCCGCCUCCCGGAUGGACGCUCUGCCCCGCGGCGGGCUGAACCUGAAGGAGGAGCCGCUGCUGCCCGCUGGCCUUGGCUCAGUGCGCUCCUGGAUGCAGGGGACGGGCAUCCUGGACUCCAGCACAGCAGCGCAGAGUGGCGUGGGCCUGGCACGAGCACAUUUUGAGAAGCAGCCCCCUUCCAACCUCAGGAAAUCCAACUUCUUCCACUUCGUGCUGGCCAUGUAUGACCGGCAGGGGCAGCCCGUGGAGGUGGAGCGUACAGCCUUCAUCGACUUCGUGGAGAAGGACCGAGAGCCUGGGGCAGAAAAAACAAACAAUGGGAUCCAUUACCGACUGCGGCUGGUGUAUAACAAUGGUCUUCGGACAGAGCAAGACCUCUAUGUGCGACUCAUCGACUCCAUGUCCAAGCAGGCCAUCAUCUAUGAAGGUCAGGACAAGAACCCUGAAAUGUGCCGAGUGCUGCUCACCCACGAGAUCAUGUGCAGUCGGUGCUGUGACCGGAAGAGCUGUGGCAACAGGAAUGAGACACCCUCAGACCCAGUCAUUAUUGACAGGUUCUUCCUCAAAUUUUUUCUCAAAUGCAACCAGAACUGCCUGAAGAAUGCAGGGAAUCCCCGAGACAUGCGCCGCUUCCAGGUGGUGGUGUCCACCACGGUGAGCGUGGACGGGCACGUGCUGGCUGUGUCCGACAACAUGUUUGUGCACAACAACUCCAAGCAUGGCCGCAGGGCACGCCGCCUGGAUCCCUCCGAAGCUGCCACUCCCUGCAUCAAGGCCAUCAGCCCCGGGGAGGGCUGGACCACGGGCGGCGCCACCGUCAUUGUCAUCGGCGACAACUUCUUCGACGGGUUGCAGGUCGUGUUUGGAAACGUGCUCGUGUGGAGCGAGCUCAUCACGCCCCACGCCAUCCGGGUGCAGACGCCCCCGCGACACAUUCCCGGGGUUGUGGAGGUGACCCUCUCCUACAAGUCCAAGCAGUUUUGCAAGGGAGCCCCUGGCCGCUUUGUCUACACAGCCCUGAACGAGCCCACCAUUGACUACGGAUUCCAGAGGCUGCAGAAAGUCAUCCCCAGACACCCUGGAGACCCCGAGAGGCUGCCCAAGGAAGUGCUGCUAAAGCGGGCGGCUGACUUGGCGGAGGCCCUGUACGGCGUGCCCAGCAGUAACCAGGAGCUCCUCCUGAAGCGCGCGGCGGACGUGGCCGAGGCUCUGUACAGCGCCCCCCGCGCGCCUGCACCGCUCGGACCCCUGGCGCCGAGCCACCCGCACCCUGCCGUCGUGGGCAUCAAUGCCUUCAGCAGCCCGCUGGCAAUCGCUGUCGGGGACGCCACGCCGGGGCCCGAGCCCGGCUACGCUCGCAGCUGCAGCAGCGCGUCCCCCCGCGGGUUCGCGCCUAGCCCUGGCUCACAGCAGAGUAGCUAUGGCAGUGGCCUUGGAGCGGGCCUCAGCGGCUACGGUGCACCAGGUGUGGCCGGUCUUGGUGUGCCAGGUUCCCCUAGUUUCCUCAAUGGCUCUACCGCCACCUCGCCUUUCGCCAUCAUGCCCUCUAGCCCCCCGCUGGCGGCUGCCUCCUCCAUGUCCCUCCCGGCCGCUGCCCCCACUACCAGCGUCUUCUCCUUCUCGCCUGUCAACAUGAUCUCCGCCGUCAAGCAGAGGAGCGCCUUUGCCCCCGUGCUGCGUCCACCCAGCUCCCCACCCCAGGCCUGCCCCAGAGUCCACGGAGAGGGGCUUCCAGACCAGCCUUUUGAGGAUUCUGACAAGUUCCACUCUCCGGCCCGGGGGCUCCAAGGCCUGGCAUACUCCUAAUUACGGUCUGCAGGUGUUACCCCCACGAGCCUGGACUGGAGGUCUCUCCGGGAUUCCCAAUCAUGUCCUGGAUGGCGGUACAAACAGAUGCAGGGCCAGGGCUGUGGUCAGACCUCAACCCUUGGGCUGAACAGGGAGAGACCUUCCCCCUAUGCUCAAGGCCCCUUCAGCCUCACAAGCUUCUCUCAUCUCCCUUUCUUGGGUCUGGCUGGAAACCUCAGCACAGUACUGAUGCUCUUGGCAGGAGAGCAUCCCAGGGAGGUGCUGGGAUGCCAGGCCUCGCUUGUUGGGUCGGUUCCUCUGGAAGAGAUGGAUUCUGUGCAGACCAGGGAUGUCAGUGAGGGGAGCAUGGGAUGGGGACCAUGGGAAAGAGGACAGCUCAGGGAGAGGUGACCUGGAAAGGUCCUGUUUGCAUCUGACCCAUCUCAAUUGGCCCAGCAUCCCGACUUCUCUCCAGUGAAAAAGGUGGACCCAACAGCCUCCGGUCCACCCAGGCUCCCAUGGAGCUUCCAUCAGCAGCUGGAUCCUGUGGCUGCCCCCACUUCCUUUGAGACCAGCAUAUUUAUGCUUUUCACAUCAUGCCUCCCUGUGGGGGCUUUGGGCAUGGAGGAUACAGAAGAGGGGUUGCCAGGCCUCCUGGAUUUUGAGUCUUCCCUCAAGUGGAUGUCUCAUGAACUCUGGCCCCUCAUACACACUGACUCUGGUUGGCCCCAUGAAUGACCUGGCUGCCCCCCAGGUGGCCUAACACUCUGCUCUUCUAAGUCUGGAGAAAAUAGAACAAUAAACCAGAUGCAGAUGGCCACCUAGCCUCUCUCGUCUCCUUCAUUGGUGUG